CACACUGUCCUCCGCUGCUAUCCCGUCUCAAACCCGGCCCCCGGAGGAGAGGAUACGCCAGCAGCAGCAGCAGCACCGCAGCACCAUCACUGCUGCCUCUUCACGGUAACAUGGUUUGCAGGGCUCGGCUGCUGUAGCCAAGGGCCACUUAUUCAGUCACUCAGUCACUCAGUGUGUGUGUGUGUGUGUGUGUGUGUGUGAGUGGGUCUGUGUGAGUGUGCAAUAAGAAUCAGUAGCAGCAGUAGUAAGUAAGCGGACGGAGAUCUCGGUCAACACUAUUCACCUGGAGCACCAGGAGGAAGGAGCCGAGCAUCUCCUGCAUCUCUACCCGGCUGUCCCGCACACCGGCCCCGCUGAUCCGGAGCCUCUCCUCCACAGACACUGCCUCGGCUUCAUCGGGUGUGAAAAGCGGCCUGGCUAGUGCUGUAGUCACCGUUGUUGUCAAGGAAACCAAGAGUCCUGUCCCGUUGCCAUGGGGAAACAGAACAGCAAGCUGCGGCCAGAGAUGCUGCAGGACCUCCGGGAGAACACUGAGUUCUCCGACCAUGAGCUGCAGGAGUGGUACAAGGGUUUCUUGAAGGAUUGCCCCAGUGGAACCUUGAAUGUGGAGGAGUUCAAGAAAAUCUACGCCAAUUUCUUCCCCUACGGUGACGCCUCCAAGUUCGCUGAGCACGUCUUCCGAACUUUUGACACCAACGGUGACGGGACGAUAGACUUCCGGGAGUUCAUCAUCGCCCUGAGCGUGACGUCACGGGGCAAGCUGGAGCAGAAGCUGAAAUGGGCUUUCAGCAUGUAUGAUCUGGACGGAAAUGGUUACAUCAGCCGCGAUGAGAUGCUGGAGAUUGUACAGGCCAUCUACAAGAUGGUGUCAUCUGUGAUGAAGAUGCCAGAGGAUGAAUCCACGCCGGAGAAGAGGACGGAUAAGAUCUUCAGACAAAUGGACCUCAAUAAUGAUGGCAAAUUGUCCUUGGAGGAGUUUAUCAAAGGUGCCAAAAGCGACCCCUCCAUUGUCCGGCUACUCCAGUGCGACCCCAGCUCGGCCUCCCAGUUCUAAACCCCCCACCCAGCCCUGCUACAACCCUUUCUUCCUCACCCUCUCUGUUGCUAUUGAAACAGUCACUCAAAUCAAUGCAUGAUGGUUCUAAUCUCUCAUAUCAUCUUUUUUUUUGUUAUUGUUAUGUGCAAGGAUGGAGGAGGAAUUUUAAGGAGGCUAAGAAAAGUCAUCUUUAUCAUUUUACUUUCAUUUUUAUAUUUGGGAAAAACGAAGGGACAUGCAUACAUAAAAUGAGAAGUCGACAGUGGCGUCCGCUAAUGUUCCCGAGUAUCUCUCUCUCUCUCUCUGGAACAUCAGGUUUCCAGGGAGCUGGUGACAAGGUGUGGAUGCUUUUUGCAGGGUGGGGAUGGCUCAGUUUGUCCUCCAACACACAUGUAUAUCAUGUAUAUACUGUACGUCUAUGUAUAUCAUGAGAUGAAGUACAUUUGUCUUCAUGUAUGGUGCACACUUUCUGGCAUUGAAAGGCAGUAUUAUGUAGCGUAGCUUCCUGGUCUGAUCUGAAU